CAAUUUUACUUGCAGACUAAGCUGCUUCGAAUGAUAUGCUUAUUUGCGACAGUCCUCGCAACCAUAUUUAUUUAUGCGCAAGCAAUGCAAACCGAAGACGGCAAAACGUUCAUUGGACGGGUGGCGUCAGCUUCUCAAAUUCUUGGGUCAUUUGUUUGUCCAUUGAUGAUUUAUCGAGCAAUAAAAAGAAAAGUUCUCGAUUUCAUCCCGAUGGGUCCAGUAGCAUUUGCGUGGAUUCUAGAAAUACACGCUGUCAUCUACAGCAUAGGCAUCGAUGACUUCUAUAUGCUGGUAUGA